AUGAACACAUUGACAAUUUUCGUGUUGGUUAUUGCUAUGUGUGUUGGGUUAAAUGAAGCUGGUUGCGCACAUAAUCGUGUAGAAAUUCAUAACCAACUUGGUCCUGGUGAAUAUCUUGAAAUUUCAUGCGGUGGACCUACACGUACAGUAAUGCACACCCUGCAAUUCAAUGAUCCUCCACUAGUCAUCACGUUCCAUGAUGUUGGUUGGCCGCAUAUAACAAAAUGGAAAUGCCAACUUAUGCACGGGUUUAACCUGGCUACUUAUUAUGAUGUUCAAGUAUAUCGUUCAGUCAGCGCAAUCAAGAAAUGUGGCCAAUUUCGUUCGUGGAUCGCUAAACCUGAUGGAAUUUGGUUUACAAGAGAUCAUCGAAAACCAGCUGGAAAAGCACUUGACUGGAAGAAACGCUAA